AGAAGCUUUGGCUGGCAGUGUGGCAGCAAAUGUGAAUUAUGUCGAGCUCGGUCUCCGCUACUAUCUCGGGUGCCCGGCUAGGCAUAUCGGCCCCAACCUCGGCUGCCCGACUUAACAGUGGAUGCUUGGUCGUUCUGCUAGAAGGCCAAGGUCGUCUUGCUAUCUCCAUCUUUCCGCGGGUGAUUUUCACGAAUCCAACACACAAGAUGGUGGCAGGCUGGCGAGGUCUUUGCGAGAAUGCGCUCGCAGCAGGGAUCUCUCCAGGGGUAAGUCCCUACACAGGCAGAUUACUGGAUCGGGGAUGGGAUCUGAUAGAUUCCUGGCAAAUCUUCUCAUGGAGAUGUAUGGAAAGUGCCAGGACGUGGGUAACGCAGAUGCGGUGUUUAGAAGCAUGGGCGACAGGAACGUUUUCUCGUGGAACAUUAUCAUUGCGGCAAAUGCCCAGACCGGGCAUGGCAAGAAGGCAUUGCAUUUGUUUCGAGAGAUGGAUCUGGAAGGAGUCAAGCCGAGCGAAGUAACGUUUGUGAGCGUCAUAUCGUCGGUCUCAGAGCUUGGUUCGAUCGAUCUAGCGGUUUAUGUACGUGCUCGCGUGGAUGCCUGUGGAUUUGGAGCUCAUCUCGUCGUGGGGACGGCGCUCAUCGGUAUGUAUGGCCGAUGCAAGCGUCCGGGAGAAGCUCGCGAGAUAUUCGACAGCCUACGUGAGAAGAACGUAGUGUCCUGGACAAGUAUGAUCCGAGCGUAUGCUCUAAGUGGCCAAAACCGAGAGGCCGUGAAGCUCUACAAGGCUAUGGACGUGACUCCAAACGAGUAUACUCUGGCUUCCAUCGCCGAGGCCUGCGAGAAUCUGGAAGAAGCAAGGGAGAUCGAGACAAGAGCCGUGGAUGGCGGUUUUGGAUCCGUGAGAGCCGUGGCACUGGCGAUCGUUGGCAUGUUUUGCAAGCUCGGGAGCCUGGACGAUGCGCGGAGAUACUUGAUCCGGCACGACGCAAAAAACGUUUUUUGCUGGAACCAACUGAUCGCAGCGCAAGCCCGGAGCUCGAGCUCGAGCACGGCUAUGGAUUUGUACCGGGAAAUGCGACGAAACCACGGCGUGGAGCCCGACUGCGUCACGUACCUCGAGCUCCUCAAGGUGUGCUCGGACUGGAAGCUCGGGCGGGAGCUCCAUGCAAGCGUUUUGGAGCACGGAUUCGAGCAGGACGAGGUCGUGAGCAGCGCCCUGGUGACGAUGCAUGGGAGGUGUGCCAUGCCAGACGCCGCGAGGAAGAUCUUCGCAAGCAUCGAGAGGAAGAACGUCGUAUCCUGGACGACGAUGAUCGCGGCCUACGCGCAGAGCGAUCGCAGCGACGAGGCGAUGGAGCUUUUCCACGCCAUGGACUUGGAAGGCGUGAGGCCGAGCGAGCAGACGUUCGUGAGCGUCGUGCACGCGCUGGCAUCCAGUUCUUCUUCCAGGGACGAGCUUGCCGCGCUCGCGGCGGCGAGAUCGCUCGAGGAGCGCGCGCUGGGAUCCGGGCUAGGAAUCGAUGGCGUGCUCGGGAAUGCGAUGGUGGACUUGUACGGCAAGCGCCGGCGGCCGGACGAGGCGAGGGGAGUCUUUGACGCGAUGCGCUCGAGGAGCACGGUGGCGUGGACUGCGAUGAUCCAGGCCUACGCCCAGAGCGGCCGCCGCGAGGAAGCGUUCGCGCUGUUUCGCGAGAUGGAGAUCGAGCCGGCUGCGACGACGUUUGUGAGCGUGCUCGAGGCCUGCGCAGGGAGCUCCGACUUGGACGCCGGGCGGGAGGUUCACUCCGCGGUCGUGUCGCGCGGCUUGGAGUCGGAAGUGUUCGUGGGCACCGCGCUGAUCGACAUGUUUGGCAAGUGCGGUGAUUGCAACGCUGCGCGAUCGUCAUUCGAGCGCAUUGCCGACAAAACCAUCGUGCCGUGGAACGCCAUGCUCGCGGUCUACGUCCAAAACGGUCGCCCGAGAGACGCGCUCGAGCUCUUGAACCACGGCGGUACAGUCAACGGCAGGGGCGGUACGGUCAAACUAGUCAAUGCGACGCGCGGCACUGGCGGCGUGACGCCGGACAAGAUCACAUUCGUGCUCCUGCUGAACGCGUGUGGCGCGCUGGGCGAGAUAGCGGUGGGGAGAGCGCUCCACCGUGAUGCCAUCCCGGGCGAGCUCUUGGGCGAGAGCUCGUGCAUCGGCAACGCGCUGGUGGCCAUGUACGCGAGCUGCGGGAGCUUAGAGGAGGCCCGCGUGGCAUUCCGCGGCAUCCAGCGUAAGAGCCUCGCGAGCUGGAACGCCAUGGCUGGGGCUGUGGCGGCGCUGGGCGGGUCACGAUCUUGGAGCGCGAGCAUGGAGCUCUUCUCGGAGAUGGAGCUCCAAGGAUUCAACGCGGACGAGGCGAGCUUGGCAGGGAUACUCUCGGGAUGCAGCCACGCCGGAUUGAAGCACCAAGGGUGGCGGAUCUUUGUGUCCAUGAGCGAUGACUUUGGAGUACCUUGCAGCGCCGUGCACUACGUUUGCAUCGUCGACAUGCUUGGUCGGCUGGGGCAGCUCGACGAGGCCGAGAGCUUGCUGGGCUGCAUGCCAUAUCAGCCGGGGCUGGUGGGCUGGAUGACGCUGCUGGGGGCGUGCGGUAAACACGGUGACGUAUGCCGAGGCGCCAUUGCCGCGCGGCAUGCCGCGGAGCUUAACGACCGGAACGCUGCAGCUAAGUACGUGCUGCUGGCUAACAUGUAUGCAGGGAUCAUGUAUGCUACCGAAGGUGGAGAGUUUUGAACUAUGACAAGUUUGUCAGUGGCAGGCGUUUUCCUCUGUUGUUUUUUUUUGUUUUUCAAUUGAAGAAAAAUUCCCUGCUAGAGAAGAUCAGAGAAUGCCGUUGGUGCCAACCAGCUUGAUUCAUUUCGCUCUCUAAUAUUAAAGUUGGAAGAACUUUCUCUCCGAGAUUUUGAGCUGGUUCUAAAUCUUUAUUAUGGUUUGACAGGAGAGAAUGGGCAUUAGGAGGCGAUUACAAGCAAUUCUCUGCUGUAGAAUCCCCAGCGAUGAAGGAAAGACAAGGUCAAGUGAUCCUCCAUAAUCUUUAGAGUCUUUCAGGAGUGGUUGGAAAUAAAGAAAGUUGUGACAUUGAAGUGAUUUUGACGUAUGUGCUACCACUCUCGCAGAAUUCAGGGCUUCCGCGUUCGGGAACUCGAGGCCAGCGAUGAUCCAGAAUCUUCACCACUAAAAAAUGCAUCCAAGAUGGAGCAAGGGGUAGAAGUAGUAGAUCGCAGCGACAGAUGUCUCAACAAGGAGAAAGAAGCACAAUUGGCAGCACUUGCCAGGAUCCAGGACAAGAUUCAAAAGAUCAUAGAGCGGUUGAGCUGCAAGGACGCGAAUCUGGCCAAGAGACCGUGGAGCAGUGCCACGGAGGGAAGUGAGAGCCAGGGUCCCAAAUUCUGGGAGGAUCAAAUACAGGCUGCCAUUGCCAGGCUGCAAUCGCUAAGUGGAGAUUUGGCCGAGAGUUCAGCUCCCAGUAAAUAAAAUUCGUGGUGGCACGACACGUGGCAAAGUGCCAUGGUUUGAGUAUAUAAGGGGGUCGAUCUAGCAAUGCUUUUUGCGAGAGCUUGAAAUAUUAGCGUUUGGAUCUCUCGGUACCUCCAAAUGGGGCCAAUGGGCCUUGGACUGCUUUGGCAGAAUGUGACUAAGUUUCUAUGGCCAACUUCAUUAUGGUUUAGAGGAUAGUGUUAGAUACACAGCCUCCCAAAGAUGGCCCAUAAAUCUUAACACCAAGAAGCAAUUGAAGCU